UUCAUUUCAAGAAAACAUGGUGCCCCUUAUUCUUGUCACCACUCUCUUCUCUCUUGUGGCUUCUUCUUCUUGUUCUUCUUCCUCUCUGCUCACUGAUUUUCAUGCUUUAGUACCUUUCAAGUAUGCCCUUUCUUCAUCAAAUCUUGGUUUGGAAUCUUGGAACACUUCAAAUCCCAGCUCAGUUUGUUCUUGGAGUGGAAUCAAAUGCUCCCAUGGCCGAGUCGUUUCAAUUAGUUUGUCUGGUAUGGGGCUGUAUGGCUCUGUUUCCCCUGAAAUUGCUGGCCUGGAUAGGCUGGCAGAGCUCCAUCUCGAUGGCAACAACUUCACCGGUGAAAUCAAGAUUGAGAAUAUGAGCAGCCUCAAGUCUCUGAACAUAUCAAACAACAUGCUUAGUGGGAAUCUUGAUUGGAACUAUUCAGGCCUGGAAAAUUUGGAAGUUUUUGAUGCUUACAACAAUAACUUCACAGCUUUCUUGCCCCUUGGCAUUUUGAGCUUGAAGAAGCUCAAGUACUUGGACUUGGGUGGGAACUUCUUUUAUGGCGAAAUCCCGGAGAGCUAUGGGGAUUUGAUUGGGCUGGAAUACUUGUCACUUGCUGGGAAUAAUCUCCAUGGAAAGAUUCCUAAAGAACUGGGAAAUCUCACAAACUUGAAGGAGAUAUAUCUGGGGUAUUACAAUGUUUUUGUGGGUGGAAUUCCAAGGGAGUUUGGGAAGCUGGAAAAUCUUGUUCACAUGGAUAUUUCAAGCUGUGAAUUGGAUGGCACCAUUCCUGCAGAAUUGGGGAAUUUGAGAAAGCUUGACACUCUCUUCCUGCACAUUAACCUUCUCUCUGGUCCUAUCCCAAGAGAGCUAGGCAAUUUGACAGGCCUAAUCUAUCUUGACAUUUCAGCCAAUUCCCUCACUGGGGAAAUCCCAUUUGAGAUCAACAGCCUGAAGAAUCUCAAGCUUCUGAACCUGUUCAUGAACCAGUUACAUGGGUCGAUACCGGAUUUCAUUGCAGACUUCCCAGAGCUUCAAGUUCUCGGGCUGUGGAUGAACAACUUCACCGGCAUUAUCCCGGAGAAUCUUGGCAGGAACCAGCAGCUGCAGGAGCUGGAUUUAUCCUCAAACAAGCUCACUGGCACCAUCCCUGAUGAGCUCUGUGCCUCAAACCAGCUGAGAGUUCUGAUUCUCCUAAAGAAUUUCCUGUUUGGUUCAAUCCCAGAAAAGCUAGGCUCUUGUUCAAGCCUAGUAAGGGUCAGGCUGGGCCAAAACUACUUGAAUGGUAGCAUUCCAGAUGGGUUCCUUUACUUGCCACAACUCAACUUAGUUGAGCUCCAAAACAAUUUGCUGUCUGGCACUUUGUCUGAAAACACAAACUUUUCAUCCAAACCUGCCUAUUUAGGCAGGCUGAAUCUCUCCAACAAUCAGCUCUCAGGUGCUUUACCAUUCUCCCUCUCCAAUUUCACUUCCUUGCAGAUUCUCCUCCUCAGUGGGAACACAUUCUCCGGCCCAAUCCCGCCUUCCAUAGGUGAACUCCAGCAAGCUCUCAAGAUUGACCUAAGUGAAAAUUCUCUCUCAGGUGAAAUCCCCAUUGAGAUUGGCAAUUGCAUCCAUCUCACUUACCUUGAUUUGAGCCAGAACAACCUUUCUGGUUCAAUUCCAUCCCAGGUUUCCAACAUAAGAAUCUUGAAUUACCUAAACCUGUCAAGAAACCACUUAGUUGACACCAUUCCUAAGUCCAUUGCCACAAUGAGAAGCUUAACAACAGCUGAUUUCUCCUUCAAUGAUCUAUCCGGAAAGCUCCCGGAAUCCGGCCAAUUCGCCUACUUCAACGCCACAUCUUUCGCCGGAAACCCUCAUCUCUGCGGAUCUUUUCUGAACAACCCCUGCGAUCUCGCCCCAAUCUCCAGCCCGCCGGGGAAAUCUCACGGCGAUUUCAAGCUGAUUUUCGCCCUAGGCCUCCUAAUCUGCUCCCUGAUCUUCGCAGCUGCCGCCAUCGUCAAGGCCAAGUCGUUCAAGAAAAACGGGUCGGGUUCGUGGAAAAUGACGUCAUUCCAGAAGCUGGAUUUCACAGUCUCCGACGUCCUGGAAUGCCUGAGAGACGGCAAUGUGAUCGGCCGGGGAGGCGCCGGGGUAGUCUACCACGGCAAAACCCCUAACGGCGUCGAAAUCGCCGUGAAAAAGCUCCUCGGAUUCAACAACACAACCCACGACCACGGCUUCCGGGCCGAGAUCCGAACCCUAGGCAACAUCCGACACCGAAACAUCGUCCGAUUGCUCGCGUUCUGCUCCAACAAGGACACCAAUCUUCUGGUCUACGAGUACAUGAGAAAUGGGAGCUUAGGCGAGGCCCUGCACGGCAAAAAAGGGGGAUUCCUGAGCUGGCAUCUCCGCUACAAGGCGGCUUUGGAAUCCGCCAAGGGUUUGUGCUAUCUCCACCACGAUUGCUCGCCGUUGAUCGUCCACCGCGACGUCAAAUCUAACAACAUUCUGUUGAAUUCCAGCUUCGAAGCUCACGUCGCCGAUUUCGGGCUCGCCAAGUUCUUGGUCGACGGCGGCGCCUCCGAGUGCAUGUCCGCAAUUGCAGGCUCCUAUGGUUAUAUCGCCCCAGAAUAUGCUUACACAUUGAGAGUGGAUGAAAAGAGCGACGUGUAUAGUUUCGGAGUCGUUUUGUUGGAGUUGAUCACAGGGCGUCGCCCGGUCGGUGAUUUUGGAGAAGGGGUGGACAUCGUGCAAUGGAGCAAGAGGGUGACAAAUUGUAGGAGAGAAGAGGUGACACAAAUUGUGGAUCCAAGGCUAACCAUAGUGCCCAAAGAUGAAGCCAUGCACCUCUUCUUCAUUGCCAUGCUUUGUGUGCAAGAGAACAGCGUUGAACGCCCCACCAUGAGAGAAGUUGUUCAAAUGCUCUCAGAGCUCCCACGCCACUCUCAAUCUUCAUCAUCCUCAUUGAAUUUUCAGCACUCAAAAAAUGUUGAAAAGGACAAAAUUAGCCCUAAAACUAGACAAAAUCUUGUGGUAUAAUUAAGAAAUUAAAUAGAUAUAAUAUAAUUAUUACUUAUAUAUAUAUAAUAUAAUGGGAUUAAGGGUUUUUAGAUUUGUGUUCUUUAAUUAAUGAACACUCAAUAGGGUGUUGAGUUCAUUAAUAGUGCUUUAGUUAACUUAAUUAUGAUUUUUUAAUUACCUUGUUUAGGCAUAAUUAUUGUGUAGUAUUAGAGGUGGUAGAUAGAGUUUUGGUUGUUGGGGUAUUUUUUUUAGGGCAAUAUGCAGGCAAUCCCAAAUGGCUUUGCAAUGCUGCUUUUGUACCCUUGUGCAUACAAACUUGUACCUUGUACUUGUUGGUCUCUUUUUUGGAUGAAUUUAAUUAUAAGAAAAAUGUUGGCUAGUGUGCAA